AUGCGAACGAUGAAGCCGAAGAAAGCAAAGUUUUAUGAGCUCUUGCCUCGAACACAUAGAGCUACUGCUAGUCAAAAUAAGCGUAACGGUGCCAACCAGAUAGAGAUCGAUGGAUUCAAUUACGACUACCUCCUUGAUCGGUCGUACUGGAAAAGUUACGUUAGUGCCGGAUUGAAGCAGUACUACUCCGAUUUGUACGAGGAAGGCCUCAUGUGUCCAGUCGACACCCGUAUAUUCCAUCAGUUCGAGAAUCCCGUGUGGGCUAUUUGCCGGCUUGCCCGAGAAUGGCGGGUGGAUGGUGCCAAAAGCUGGAGCGGUGAUGGCUUGGAUGCGAGAAGGGAAGAUCCCG